AGGACACUGACAAACCUAGGAACAAUGUUUUGUUUAUUAUUUAUGUUAAAUGUAUACUUGAAAAUGGACUACCCGGAUCAAAUCGCGGUUAUUCGAUCAAACUGGACACGAGUUCUAUGCGAUCAGAACGCCGAUGGAGACGCUAGUGGUCACGUGAAUGGUCUGAAGGCCUGCUGCAAUGAAAGAACGGACUUUAAAGGCAGAUUAGAAUCUUCGUUAUCCCAAGAUAACUUGAAGUUUCCAUUAAUUAUCAAUGGAACGUGGAAGCCUGCAUCGUGCAACCCAGUCCAGCACGUUGCCGUCAUCAUCCCGUUUAGAAACAGAGAGGAACAUUUACAUAUAUUACUCAAAAGUAUUAUACCCAUCUUGGUGAAGCAGAAAGUACACUUACACAUCUUCGUUGCGGAGCAGUAUGGGAAUCAAGCUUUUAACAAGGGCCGUGUGAUGAACGCAGCUUUUCUAGAGGUGUCCAAGAUGUCGGAUUUCGAUUGCUUCAUCUUUCACGAUGUAGACCUGAUUCCUGAAGAUGACCGUAUAACCUAUCUAUGUGACGAUAGGCCAAAACAUAUGUCACCUUCUGUCGACGUUUUGAAGUAUAUGCUGCUGUACCAAUGUUUAGUUGGUGGUGUUAUUGCCUUCCCCCCGGCGCACUUUAUCGCUUUGAACGGCUACUCGAACCUGUACUGGGGCUGGGGAGCGGAGGACGACGACAUGUCUUACAGGAUUAUGUCAAACAACAAUGGAAUUACUCGACAAGACGGGGAAUUAGCACGUUAUAAGAUGAUAAAACAUGAACAGAGUGAAAUGGUUGUCGGGGAACGAAGAUACACACUUUUAGGUCAGACAAAAGAUAUUUAUGAACAAGAUGGUUUGAAUAGCGUACAGUAUGAUCUCAUAUCAGUUCGAAGGACGCAUUAUUACACACACUUGAUGAUCAACGUUGGUCCAGCUCCGUCCAAUACCGACAGCAUCGACGAUAUCAUCCGUAUGGUGUCGUGGAAGAAUUCUUAGCUUCAUACCAUUCACGGCGAAUACUUUGAUGCAUUUUUACCUCUGAAGUUCUGCCAGAUCUGAUAUAAACAUUUUAUAUGUUUAUUGUUUACCGUGCAUGAAAAUGAUCUAUUCUCAAAUAUGUAUUUAAACUGUUUAAGACAAAUGAAGGAAUAUACGGUAGCUUACCCGGGAUUUGGACAACAUUUAUGCGAAAAACUACAGAAACAAGCUCAGCAGCAAAAGUUAAAACAUAAACCCAGUUUAAUGGCACUGGGUAAACGCCAAAGACAUAGAGCAUAAAAACAAAAAAAAAUACAAAAAAGAACAGCACAAAACUUCACAAACAGCACAGUACAUACAUACUAUAUAUACAAAACUAGGUAUGUUUAUCAAGGAUUGUUAGGUACCGCCUUUGAACGGUCAGUAAAAUGUAAAUUUACUGGGGGUUUUAACCAGUUUGUGUACACAACCUCACUCUUAUUCCAACAAUCACGAAUAAAGUAAAAACGUUAAUGGUAGAUCUUCUAAAAUUAUGCAUUCUUUUGAGGAAAGAUAAAAAUGAUUGCAGUAAAAACACACUUCGUGUGGAUCAUACGCAUCACAAUGAAACAUGAACGGAAGGUGCGCAGCAAUAUUGUU